GAAAGGGCAGUGAAAGAAAAGAUUAGAAGCAGAGGAGAGAUGGAGGUGUUAGGAGAUGAAUUUGGAUAUGUGGUGAUAGUGGUGGUUCUUUACAGCUUCCUCAACCUGUGGAUGUCUAUCCAAGUUGGGAAAGCUCGCAAGCGGUAUAAGGUCUUUUACCCGACUCUGUACGCUCUCGAAUCUGAUAACAAAGAUGCCAACCUCUUCAACUGUGUUCAGAGAGGGCACCAGAAUUCGCUGGAGAUGAUGCCUAUGCUCUUCGUAUUGGUUAUUUUGGGAGGGAUGGGCCAUCCUCGCGUCUCUGCUGCCCUGGGACUCUUCUACAUCGUCGCCCGUUAUUUCUACUUCACCGGCUAUGCCACCGGUGAUCCCAGUAACCGUCUCAAUCUCGGGAAAUUUGGGUUCUUGGCAUUGGUUGGGCUCAAGAUCUGCACUAUUUCAUUCGGAAUCAGUCUGCUUCGCCUUCGACCAUCAUAUUGACUUUGCAAACGCCUC